AAAGGGUUUGGUGCCAUUUGCCCUCCGGCCUCCUCCUCCGCAAGCGCUAAUAAACGGCAGGCACCAAUCUCGGAGGCGACGUCCAGACGCGCAAGGGAGAGGAAGGGGGUAGCCGCAUCACUCGCGAGCGACAGAGACAAGGGCCGGACACGCACACACCGACAGCGCGAGCGAGAUCCCCCCCUCUCCCCACGCCGGAUCCGAUCUGACCUGACCUCGCUGCCGCCGGCCGGAGAAGGGAGAAGAGGAAGACAGCGAGAUGGCUCCCGUGUCGGCGCUUGCCAAGUACAAGCUGGUCUUCCUCGGCGACCAGUCCGUCGGCAAGACUAGUAUCAUCACCCGCUUCAUGUACGACAAGUUCGACAACACCUACCAGGCUACCAUCGGUAUUGACUUCCUGUCAAAGACAAUGUACCUUGAAGAUAGAACCGUGAGACUCCAGCUCUGGGAUACAGCUGGUCAGGAAAGAUUCAGGAGUUUAAUUCCAAGCUAUAUCAGAGACUCUUCAGUUGCUGUCAUCGUAUAUGAUGUUGCAAGCAGGCAGUCUUUCCUAAAUACUUCAAAGUGGAUAGAGGAAGUCCGCACUGAGAGGGGCAGUGAUGUUAUCAUUGUGCUUGUCGGGAACAAAACUGACCUUGUCGACAAGAGGCAAGUCUCGAUAGAGGAAGCAGAAGCCAAGGCAAAGGACCUCGGUGUGAUGUUCAUUGAAACCAGUGCUAAAGCUGGUUUUAAUAUUAAGGCGCUGUUCCGUAAGAUUGCGGCUGCACUUCCUGGAAUGGAGACCCUUUCAUCGGCGAAGCAGGAAGACAUGGUUGACGUGAACCUGAAGUCUGGCAAUGCGAACUCGUCCCAGUCUCAGGCGCAAGCUGGGGGAUGCAGUUGUUAGCUCCAGUCCCUAACACUCACUGCUCAUGAUCUCGAGACCCUAUACCGUCAGAAAGCAUCCCUUCUGCUGUUUCUCUCAGGAAGGAGAGUUGAUUGUCUGUCGCCAGUGAAUCCUGAGACUCUUGGUUCAGUGAACGGACAAAACACCAUUUGCAUUGGAAAGAUACUUUUCAUGAGUUUCUAGUAUCUUCCCCGUGGCCUAAGCUAGGAACAGUGUAUAGUUGGGUUGGCACUGUGAACUCCUGUCAUUCGAGUUGAGUAUUAGAGUUAGUGAUUUCAUGUUGAACUUAUAUUUUCAUCUCCAUCUUGUUGCAGUUAGCCUGAGUCCUGUUUGCUAUGGGGUACUACAUAUAUAUUGGAAUUUUUGUAAGCUAUAAUAAGGCCUGCAUUGAAAUGUUUCAAUUCUUGAAAAAAUUGAGUUGGACGGUGGAA